AUGGCAACCUCCAGAGCAGCCUCACGGUCUCCUCGGGACAUCGCCAAUGUGAUGCAGAGGUUGCAAGAUGAGCAAGAGAUAGUACAAAAACGCACUUUCACAAAAUGGAUCAACUCUCAUCUGGCCAAGCGGAAACCCCCUAUGGUGGUAGAGGACCUUUUUGAAGACAUGAAAGAUGGCGUUAAGCUGCUUGCUCUCCUGGAGGUCCUAUCUGGGCAGAAACUGCCUUGUGAACAAGGACGCCGGAUGAAGCGAAUCCAUGCUGUGGCUAACAUCGGCACGGCGCUGAAGUUCCUUGAAGGAAGAAAGAUUAAAUUAGUCAACAUUAACUCCACUGAUAUAGCUGAUGGCCGACCCUCAAUAGUCCUUGGAUUGAUGUGGACCAUUAUUCUAUAUUUCCAGAUUGAAGAGCUGACCAGCAACCUGCCCCAGCUCCAGUCUUUGUCUGGCAGUGCAUCCUCCGUGGACAGCAUAGCGAGCUCUGAGACUGCCAGCCCACCAAGUAAACGGAAGGUGGCCACCAAGAUCCAGGGAAAUGCUAAGAAGGCUUUAUUAAAAUGGGUUCAGUACACGGCAGGCAAGCACACUGGAAUAGAAGUGAAAGACUUUGGGAGGAGCUGGAGAAGUGGGGUUGCCUUUCAUUCAGUCAUCCAUGCCAUUCGACCUGAACUAGUGGACUUGGAGAAAGUGAAAGACAGAUCUAACAGAGAAAAUUUGGAGGAUGCUUUCACCAUUGCCGAAACAGAACUGGGGAUCCCAAGACUGCUAGAUCCCCAAGAUGUCGAUGUGGAUAAACCAGAUGAGAAGUCUAUUAUGACCUAUGUAGCCCAGUUUCUGAAACAUUAUCCUGACAUCCACAACACAGGCACUGAUGGGCAAGAGAACGAGGGAAUACUUCCAGGUUUCCCAUCUUUUGCAAAUUCUAUCCAAAAUUUAAGGUAAGAAGACAGGCUAAUUUUAAAGGAAACGAAAGUUUGGAUAGAACAAUUUGAGAGAGAUUUGACGAGAGCACAGAUGGCAGAAUCAAAUUUGCAGGAUAAAUAUCAGUCAUUUAAGCACUUCAGAGUUCAGUAUGAAAUAAAACGGAAACAGAUUGAACAUUUAAUACAACCAUUACUCAGAGAUGGUAAAUUGUCACUAGACCAAGCAUUGGUAAAACAGUCCUGGGACAGAGUGUCCUCCAGGCUCUUUGACUGGCAUAUACAGCUUGAUAAAUCUCUUCCCGCACCUCUGGGCACCAUCGGUGCCUGGCUAUACAGGGCAGAGGUGGCCCUGAGAGAGGAAAUAACCAUUCAGCAGGUCCACGAGGAAACGGCAAACACAAUACAACGGAAGCUUGAGCAACACAAGGAUCUGCUUCAAAAUAUAGAUGCCCACAAAAGAGCAUUUCAUGAAAUCUACCGGACCAGGUCUGUUAACGGGAUCCCAGUGCCACAUGAUCAAUUAGAGGACAUGGCUGAGAGGUUUCAUUUUGUUUCCUCCACAUCAGAGCUACACCUAAUGAAAAUGGAAUUUCUAGAAUUAAAGUACCGACUGCUCUCACUGCUGGUUCUUGCAGAGUCAAAGCUGAAGUCUUGGAUCAUUAAGUAUGGGAGGAGAGAGUCAGUGGAGCUGCUUCUACAAAACUACAUCUCUUUCAUAGAAAAUAGCAAGUUCUUUGAGCAAUAUGAAGUGACAUACCAGAUCUUGAAACAGACAGCUGAGAUGUACAUCAAAGCAGAUGGUUCAGUGGAAGAAGCUGAGAAUGUGAUGAAAUUCAUGAAUGAAACUACUGCUCAGUGGAGGAAUCUCUCGGUAGAAGUUAGGAGCGUGAGGAGUAUGCUGGAAGAAGUGAUCUCUAACUGGGAUCGCUAUGGCAGUACUGUGGCUAGUCUUCAAGCCUGGCUAGAGGAUGCUGAAAAAAUGCUAAAUCAGUCAGAAAAUGCCAAAAAGGAUUUUUUUCGAAAUUUGCCUCAUUGGAUUCAGCAGCACACUGCCAUGAACGAUGCUGGCAAUUUCCUAAUUGAAACAUGUGAUGAGAUGGUUUCCCGUGACCUUAAGCAGCAAUUACUAUUGCUAAAUGGGCGAUGGAGGGAGCUGUUUAUGGAAGUCAAGCAAUAUGCUCGAGCCGAUGAGGUGGACAGAAUGAAGAAAGAAUACACAGACUGUGUUAAUACCCUGUCUACUUUUGCAACUGAAGCCCAGAGAAAACUUUCUGAACCCUUAGAAGUCUCUUUUACAAAUAUCAAGUUAUUAAUCCAAGACUUGGAGGAUAUCGAGCAGAGGGUGCCUGCGACCGAUGCUCAAUACAAGAUGAUUACAAAGACAGUGCACCUCAUUUCCAAAGAAGUCCCCCAAGAAGAAGCUAAUGAAAUGUUCGCAACCAUGUCAAGACUCAAAGAGCAGCUAAGCAAGGUCAAAGAAUGUAACUCCCCACUCCUUUAUGAGUCUCAGCAGCUGUUGGUUCCGUUGGAGGAAUUAGAAAAGCAAAUGACGUCCUUUUAUGAUUCACUUGGGAAAAUCAAUGAAAUUAUAACAGUUCUCGAGCACGAGGCACAAUCUAGUGCUCUUUUUAAACAAAAACAUCAGGAACUGCUAGCCUGCCAAGAAAGCUGUAAGAAAACCUUGACACUAAUUGAGAAGGGUAGUCAAAGCGUUCAAAAGUUUGUGACCUUAAGCAAAGUGUUAAAGCAUUUUGAUGAGACAAAGCUACAAAGACAGAUUACAGAUGUUCGUGUUGCUUUUCAGAAUAUGGUAAAGAAAACUGGAGACUGGAAGAAGCAUGUCGAAACCAACAGUCGCUUGAUGAAGAAGUUUGAGGAGUCCCGAGCAGAGCUAGAGAAGGUGCUGCGGAUUGCUCAGGAGGGCCUAGAGGAAAAGGGGGACCCGGAAGAGCUCCUGAAGAGACACACUGAGUUUUUCAGUCAGCUGGAUCAGAGGGUGCUCAACGCUUUCCUGAAAGCCUGUGAUGAACUCACCGACAUCCUCCCUGAGCAGGAACAGCCAGGUCUGCAGGAAGCUGUCAGAAAGCUCCACAAACAGUGGAAGGAUCUUCAAGGAGAAGCUCCUUAUCACUUGCUUCAUCUGAAGAUUGAUGUGGAAAAGAACAGAUUCUUAGCCUUGGUAGAAGAAUGCAAAACUGAGCUGGAGCGAGAGACCAAGCUGGUGGCCCAGGAAGGCAGCGAGAAGAUUAUUAAAGAGCACAGGGUUUUCUUCAGUGAUAAAGGUCCUCAUCACCUCUGUGAGAAAAGGUUACAGCUCAUCGAGGAGCUGUGUGUGAAACUCCCAGUCCGGGACCCAGUGAGGGACACAUCAGGAACCUGUCACGCGGCUCUCAAAGAGCUCAGAGCUGCCAUCAACAGCACCUACAUGAAGCUCAUGGAAGACCCAGACAAGUGGAAGGACUUCGCCUGCAGAUUUUCCGAGUUCUCCUCUUGGAUAUCUGCAAAGGAGACACGAUUGAAGGCUAUCAAGGAUGAGGCCAUCAGUACUGCCAACCACGGAGAGGUCACACAUGCUGUUGAAGAGAUCAGAAACGGUGUUACCAAAAGAAGUGAGACCCUCAGCUGGCUGAAAGCCAGGCUGAAAACUCUGAUUGAAGUUUCUUCUGAGAACGAAGCGCAGAAGCAAGGGGAUGAGCUGGCGAAACUAUCCAGCUCUUUCAAGGCUCUCACGACUUUGCUGGCAGAGGUUGAAAAGAUGUUAAGCAACUUUGGGGACUGUGUCCAGUACAAAGAAAUAGUCAAAAACUCCCUUGAGGAAUUAAUUUCUGGCUCUAAAGAAGUUCAGGAACAAGCUGAGAAGAUCUUGGACACUGAAAAUCUGUUUGAAGCACAGCAGUUACUUCUUCAUCACCAGCAAAAGACAAAGGGGAUCUCAGCAAAGAAGAAAGACGUGCAGCAGCAGAUUGCACAGGCUCAGCAGGGAGAAGGCGGGCUGCCCAGCCAAGGCCAGGAGGAGCUGCGGAAGCUGGAGAGCACCCUGGACAGCCUGGAGCGCAGCCGGGAGAGGCAGGAGCGCCGCAUCCAGGUCACAUUAAGAAAAUGGGAGCGAUUUGAAACAAACAAAGAAACAGUAGUCAGAUACCUUUUUCAAACAGGUUCCAGCCAUGAACGCUUCUUGAGUUUUAGCAGUUUGGAAAGUUUAUCUUCAGAAUUGGAACAGACAAAGGAGUUUUCUAAACGGACAGAAAAUAUUGCAGUCCAAGCUGAGAACCUUGUAAAGGAAGCUUCAGAGAUUCCACUUGGGCCCAAAAAUAGGCAGCUGCUCCAACAGCAGGCCAAGUCAAUCAAAGAGCAAGUCAAAAAAUUAGAAGACACGCUUGAAGAAGAUAUUAAAACCAUGGAAAUGGUGAAAACCAAGUGGGAUCAUUUUGGCAGUAAUUUUGAGACUCUGUCCGUCUGGAUAACUGAGAAAGAAAAAGAACUCAAUGCCUUGGAAACUUCGUCAUCUGCCAUGGACAUGCAAAUCAGCCAAAUUAAGGUCACAAUUCAGGAAAUAGAAAGUAAGAUCAGCAGCAUUACAGAAUUGGAGGAAGAAGCUCAGUCUUUUGCUCAGUUUAUUACCACUGGAGAAUCCGCUCGAAUCAAAGCCAAGUUGACACAAAUAAGAAGAUACUGGGAAGAACUCCGAGAGCACGCACAGAGUCUGGAAGGGACAAUCCUAGGGCAUUUGUCACAGCAGCAAAAGUUUGAAGAGAAUCUUAGAAAGAUCCAGCAGUCUGUGUCUGAAUUUGAAGAUAAACUUGCUGAUCCAGUUAAAAUAUGUUCUUCAGCUACAGAAACAUACAAAAUUCUCCAAGAACAUAUGGACCUCUGCCAGGCCCUGGAGUCGCUGAGCAAUACAGUCACGGCCUUCUCAGCCAGUGCCCGGAAGGUGGAGAACAGAGAGGCCUGUGUUCAGGAGGCUGCAGCUCUGCAGCGGCGAUACAAGGGGACAGUAAACAGGGCAAAGGAGAGACAGACUGCGCUGGAGAAUCUGCUGGCCCACUGGCAGAGGCUAGAGAAAGAACUAUCAUCCUUUUUGACCCGGUUAGAGCGGUGUGAAGCUGUAGCCAGCUCCCCAGAAAUGGACAUUUCUGCAGACAGAGUCAAAGUGGAAGGUGAACUUCAAUUAAUACAGGCACUGCAAAAGGAAGUUGUGUCCCAGGCUUCAUCCUAUAGCAACCUUUUGCAACUGAAGGAGUCACUGUUCUCAGUAGCCUCCAAAGAUGAUGUGAAAAUGAUGAAACUACAGUUGGAGCAGUUGGACGAGAGAUGGAGAGAUUUACCACAGAUAAUUAGCAAAAGGAUUAAUUUUCUUCAGUCUGCGGUUGCUGAACACCAGCAAUUUGACGAGCUGCUGCUUUCCUUUUCUGUCUGGAUUAAGCUGUUUCUCAGUGAAUUACAAACCACUUCUGAGAUAAGCCUAAUAGACCAUCAAGUGGCUCUUACUCGGCACAAGGACCACGCAGCAGAAGUGGAGAACAAGAAGGGAGAAUGGCAGAGUCUGCAGGGACACUUGGCGAAGUUGGGUUCUCUGGGCCGAGCAGAGGACAUUCACCUCCUGCAGAGCAAGGCAGAGGACUGCUUCCAGCUGUUUGAGGAGGCCAGCCAGGUUGUGGAGAGGAGGCAGCUUGCCCUGGCCCAGUUGGCAGAAUUCUUGCAGAGCCACGCCUCUCUGUCCGGGGCUCUCUACCGGCUGAGGCAAACGGUGGAAGCAACCAACAGUAUGAAUAAGAAACAGUCUGAUCUGUUAGAAAAGGACCUAAAUGAUGCCCUUCGAGAUGCUAAAACACUAGAGUCAACCGCCAUCAGUCUCGAUGGCAUUCUUACCAAAGCCCAGUACCAUCUGAAAAGUGGGAGCUCUGAGCAAAGGACUUCCUGCAGAGCCACAGCCGAUCAGCUCUGUGUAGAGUUAGAGAGGAUCCAGAACCUUCUGGGCACCAAGCAGAGUGAGGCAGAUGCCUUGGUGGUGUUGAAAAAAGCAUUCCAAGACCAGAAGGAGGCGUUGCUGAGAAGCAUCGAGGACAUUGAAGAAAGGGCUGACAAAGAGCGACUCCGAGAACCUACGCGCCAGGCCCUUCAGCAGAGGUUGCGAGUGUUUAAUCAGCUAGAAGAUGAAUUAAAUUCUCAUGAACAUGAAUUAUGUUGGUUGAAAGACAAAGCUAAGCAAAUUGCCCAGAAAGAGGUAGCUUUCGCACCUGAAGUUGACAGGGAGAUAAAUCGUUUAGAGGUUACCUGGGAUGAUACCAAAAAACAAAUUCAUGAAAACCAGGGUCAGUGCUGUGGACUUAUUGACUUAGUGAGAGAAUAUCAGAACUUGAAGUCAGCUGUGUCUAAAGUCAUAGAAAAUGCCAGCAGUGUGGUUGGAACCAGAACUACUAUAAAAGAUCAAGAGGAUCUAAAAUGGGCUUUUUCCAAGCACGAAACUGUCAAGAAUGAAAUGAAUUAUAAACAGAAAGAGUUGGAUAAUUUUACCAGUAAAGGAAAACACUUGUUAUCUGAGCUGAAAAAAAUCCACAGUAGUGAUUUCAUCUUGGUAAAAACAGACAUGGAGAGCACCGUGGACAAAUGGCUGGAUUUGUCAGAGAGAAUUGAAGAGAACAUGGAGAGGCUGAGGGUAAGCCUGUCCAUUUGGGAAGAGGUGCUUUCAAGUAAAGAUGAGAUCGAGGGCUGGUCAAACAACUCUGUUCCACAGCUGGCGGAAAGCGUCAGCAACCUGAAUAACAGCCUCAGAGCCGAAGAAUCUCUUAAAGAAUUUGAGUCUGAAGUUAAAAACAAAACAUUGAGACUGGAAGAACUGUAUUCCAAAGUUAAUGAUCUUAAAGAACUAACUAAAAAUCCGGAAACACCACCAGACCUUCAGUUUAUUGAAGCAGACUUAAGGCAGAAACUGGAACACGCCAGAGAAAUAACUGAAGUAGCAAAAGGAACCUUGAAAGAUUUCACUGCUCAACGCACACAGGUGGAGAAAUUUAUUAAUGACAUAACAACAUGGCUAACAAAAGUAGAAGAAUCAUUGAUGAAUUGUGCCCAGACUGAGACUUGUGAAGGAUUGAAGAAAGUGAAGGAUAUACAAAAAGAACUCCAAAGUCAGCAGAGCAACAUCAGCUCUACCCAAGAAAAUCUCAAUAGCUUGUGCCGCAAGUACCACUCAGCGGAGCUGGGGACCCUGGGCCACGCCAUGACCGGGUUGAUAAAGAAACACGAAGCUGUGAGCCAGCUGUGCUCCAAAACCCAGGCCAGCCUGCAGGAUUCUCUGGAAAAACACUUCAAUGAGUCCAUGCAGGAAUUCCAGGAAUGGUUUUUAGGAGCAAAGGCAGCAGCAAAAGAAUCAUCAGAUCGAACCGGCGACAGCAAAGUUCUAGAGGCAAAGCUCCACGACCUUCAGAACAUUUUGGACUCAGUCAGUGAUGGGCAGAGCAAGCUUGAUGUGGUGACUCAAGAAGGACAAACUUUAUAUGCACAUUUGUCUAAACAAAUUGUCAGUAGCAUUCAGGAACAAAUUACAAAGGCUAAUGAAGAAUUUCAAGCAUUUUUGAAACAAUGCCUUAAAGACAAACAGACUCUUCAGGACUGUGCUUCAGAACUUGGGAGCUUUGAGGAUCAGCACAGAAAACUAAACUUAUGGAUCCAUGAAAUGGAAGAAAGGUUAAAGACAGAAAACUUGGGAGAGAGUAAACAGCACAUUCCUGAGAAGAAAAAUGAAGUUCAUAAAGUCGAAAUGUUUCUGGGAGAACUACUGGCUGCAAGAGAGUCUCUUGAUAAGCUUUCCCAGAGAGGGCAGCUUCUGAGUGAAGAAGGCCACGGAGCUGGGCAGGAAGGACGCCUGUGCUCCCAGCUCCUCACGAGCUACCAUAACUUACUCAGAAUGACCAAAGAGAAACUCCGGAGCUGCCAGGUGGCCCUGCAGGAGCACGAAGCCCUGGAAGAAGCCUUGCAGAGCAUGUGGUCCUGGGUGAAAGCUGUUCAGGACAGACUGGCCGGGGCAGAGAGCACCCUCGGGAGCAAAGACACUUUGGAAAAACGGCUGUCGCAACUACAGGACAUUCUCCUGAUGAGAGGGGAAGGUGAAGUUAAGUUGAACAUGGCCAUCGGCAAAGGGGAACAGGCCCUGAGAAGUAGCAACACAGAAGGCCAGAAGGUGAUUCAGACCCAGCUGGAGACCCUGAAGGACGUGUGGGCUGACAUCAUGAGCUCCUCCCUGCGUGCUCAGAGCACUUUAGAGUCUGUGAUUUGCCAGUGGAAUGACUAUCUAGAGAGGAAAAACCAGUUGGAACAGUGGAUGGAAUCAGUGGAUGAAAAUGUAGAGCAUCCCUUACAGCUGCAGCCGGGUCUAAAGGAGAAGUUCUCCCUGCUGGAUCACUUUCAGUCCAUCCUGUCUGAGGCGGAAGAUCACGCCAGAGCCCUUCACCGCCUCGCUGCGAAGUCCAGGGAGCUCUACGAGAAGACUGAGGAUGAGUCUUUCAAGGACAUAGCUCAAGAGGAACUGAAAACACAGUUUAAUGAUAUAGUGACUGUGGCCAAGGAGAAAAUGAGAAAAGUGGAAGAGAUUGUGAAAGAUCAUAUAAUGUAUCUUGAUGCAGUUCAGGAAUUCACGGAUUGGCUCCACUCAGCAAAGGAAGAACUGCACCGGUGGUCAGAUAUGUCUGAAGAUUCAUCAGCCACCCAGAAAAAGUUGUUGAAAAUUAAGGAGCUGAUAGAUUCCAGAGAGAUUGGUGCAAGCCGCCUAAGCAGAGUGGAGUCGCUGGCUCCUGAAGUGAAACAGAACACAACUGCCAGUGGGUGUGAGCUCAUGCACGCGGAGAUGCAGGCCCUGCGCGCCGACUGGAAGCAGUGGGAAGACAGUGUAUUCCAGACGCAGCGCAGCUUGGAGAACCUGGUUAGCCAAAUGGCUCUUUCGGAACAGGAGUUCUCAGGCCAAGUGGUUCAGCUCGAGCAGGCCCUGGAAGAGUUCAGUGCCCUUCUGAAAACCUGGACUCAGCAGUUAACCCUCCUGGAAGGCAAGAACACGGAUGAGGAGACAGUGGAAUGCUGGCACAAGGGACAAGAGAUACUAGAUGCUCUACAAAAAGCAGAGCCUAGAACAGAGGAUCUCAAGUCUCAGCUGAAUGAACUUUGUCGAUUUUCCAGAGACCUGAGUUCAUACAGUGGGAAAGUUUCUGGCUUAAUUAAAGAAUAUAAUUGUCUUUGUUUGCAAGCAUCCAAGGGCUGCCAGAAUAAAGAACAGAUUUUACAGCAAAGAUUUCGAAAAGCCUUGAGGGAUUUCCAGCAGUGGUUGGUUAAUGCAAAAACCACUACCGCCAAAUGUUUUGAUAUACCUCAAAAUAUUAGUGAAGUUUCAACAAGUCUUCAGAAAAUACAGGAGUUUUUGUCCGAAAGUGAGAAUGGACAGCAUAAGCUAAACAUGAUGGUGUCUAAAGGAGAACUUCUGAGUACUCUGUUGACCAAAGAGAAAGCUAAAGGGAUCCAGGCCAAAGUUGCAACUGCGAAAGAAGAUUGGAAAAAUUUUCAUUCAAAUCUCCACCAAAAGGAAUCUGCCCUAGAGAAUCUAAAGAUCCAAAUGAAGGACUUCGAAGUAAGUGCUGAGCCGGUCCAGGCCUGGCUGAGUAAGACCGAGCAGAUGGUGCACGAGAGCAGCAGUCGCCUCUACGACCUGCCAGCCAAGAGGAGGGAGCAGCAGAAGCUCCAGUCUGUCCUUGAGGAAAUACACUGCUACGAGCCUCAGCUCCACAGGCUGAAAGAGAAAGCUCAGCAGCUAUGUGAAGGACAAGCUGCCAGCAAGAGCUUUAGGCACAGAGUGUCGCAGCUGUCUUCGCAGUAUCUAGCGCUAAGCAACUUAACAAAGGAGAAAGUGUCAAGAUUGGACAGAAUUGUUGCAGAGCACAAUCAGUUCUCUCUCGGCAUUAAAGAAUUGCAAGACUGGAUGACGGAUGCAGUUCACAUGCUGGAUUCUUACUGUCACCCGACAUCUGACAAAAGUGUCCUGGACAGCAGGAUACUCAAGCUUGAGGCUCUAUUAUCAGUGAAGCAGGAAAAAGAGAUUCAGAUGAAAAUGUUACUGACCAGGGGAGAAUCUGUCCUUCAGAAUACCUCUCCAGAAGGCAUUGCUGCUGUUCAGCAGCAGCUGCAGAGUGUGAAGGAUAUGUGGGCGGCCCUUUCGUCUGCAGGGAUUCGUUGUAAAAGUCAACUCGAAGGCGCUCUUUCUAAAUGGACAAGUUAUCAGGACGAUGUUCGACAGUUUUCCAGUUGGAUGGACGGCGUCGAAGCCAGUCUAAAUGAAUCUGAAAGGCAGUGUGCGGAACUGCGGGAGAAAACAGCUGCUCUCGGAAAAGCCAAGUUAUUAAAUGAAGAAGUGCUGAGUCACAGCAGCUUACUGGAGACCAUCGAAGUCAAAGGGGCUGGCAUGACAGAGCACUAUGUCACCCAGCUGGAGCUCCAGGACCUACAGGAACGGUACAGAGCCGUCAAAGAGAGGGCCAAGGAAGCAGUAACCAAGUCUGAAAAACUCGUUCGCCUGCACCAAGAGUAUCAGAGAGACCUAAAGGCAUUUGAGGUUUGGCUGGGGCAGGAACAAGAAAAGCUUGACCGAUACUCAGUUCUGGAAGGUGAUGCCCACACUCACGAGUCGACAUUGCGGGAUCUUCAGGAGCUCCAAGUGCGCUGCGCAGAGGGGCAGGCCCUAUUGAACUCGGUGCUGCACACCAGAGAGGACGUGAUCCCUUCGGGCAUCCCCCAGGCAGAGGACCGGGCUUUAGAGUCUCUCCGGCAGGACUGGCAGGCUUACCAGCACAGACUGUCUGAGACCCGAGCUCAGUUCAAUAACAUAGUGAACAAAUUGAGGCUGAUGGAGCAAAAGUUUCAGCAAGUAGAUGAAUGGCUAAAAACAGUGGAGGAGAAAAUUAUUCUCAGGACGAGACGUCAGUCUAACCGAGCAACCAAGGAAAUACAGUUACAUCAGACGAAGAAGUGGCACGAGGAGGUGACCGCGUACAGAGAUGAAGUUGAGGAAGUGGGCGCUGGAGCGCAGGAGAUCCUGGACGAGAGCCACGUGAGCAGCAGGAUGGGCUGCCAGGCCACCCAGCUGACUUCCAGAUACCAGGCCCUGCUCCUCCAAGUGCUGGAACAAAUAAAAUUCCUGGAGGAAGAGAUCCAGAGUUUGGAGGAAUCAGAGUUAUCCCUCAGUUGCUAUUCUGAUUGGUAUGGAUCUACUCAUAAAAACUUCAAGAAUGUGGCGACCAAGAUUGAUAAAGUAGAUACAGCCAUGAUGGGGAAAAAAUUGAAGACGUUGGAGGUUUUGCUAAAGGACAUGGAGAAAGGCCACAGUUUGCUAAAAUCAGCCCGGGAGAAAGGAGAGAGGGCUCUUCAGUACUUGGAGGAAGGCGAGGCAGAGACGUUAAGAAAGGAGAUCCAUGGUCAUGUGGAGCAGUUGGAGGAACUGACCAGCACUGUCAGGAAAGAGCACAUGGCCCUGGAGAAAGGUCUUCAUCUAGCAAAGGAAUUCUCAGAUAAAUACAAAGCACUGACUCAGUGGAUAGCAGAGUACCAAGAAAUCCUUCAUAUUCCUGAAGAACCCAAGAUGGAAUUAUAUGAAAAGAAAGCUCAGUUAUCUAAAUACAAGUCACUUCAGCAAAUGGUGCUGUCCCAUGAACCAACAGUAAAGUCAGUGAGAGAAAAGGGUGACACUCUUCUGGAACUGGUGCAGGAUGUUACUUUAAAGGACAAAAUAGACAAACUUCAAAGUGAUUACCAGGACCUGUGCAGUGUAGGAAAGGAGCACGUCGUUAGUAUGGAGGCGAAAGUCAAAGACCACGAGGACUAUAAUAGUGAGCUCCAAGAGGUCGAAAAGUGGCUGCUGCAGAUGUCCGGCAGGCUGGUGGUGCCCGACCUCCUAGAGACAAGCAGCCUGGAGACAAUUACCCAGCAACUGGCCCACCACAAGGUUAAACACUUCAGAGCUUUGCAAGAGCAAGCAAGGACCUACCUAGAUCUUCUUUGCUCCAUGUGUGACUUGUCGAAUGCGUCAGUGAAAACCACAGCAAAAGACAUUCAACGAACAGAGCAUAUGGUUGAACAAAGGCUUGUCCAGGCACAGAACUUAACUCAAGGCUGGGAGGAGAUCAAGCACCUGAAGGCUGAGCUGUGGAUUUAUCUCCAGGAUGCCGACCAGCAACUCCAGAAUAUGAAGAGGAGGCACUCUGAACUGGAGCUGAACAUUGCUCAGAACAUGGCUGCCCAGGUCAAGGUGUACCGGAGUUUGGAACACGAACUUCAGAAGCACGUCAGCCGGCAAGAUACUCUGCAGCAGUGCCAGGCCUGGCUUUCUGCAGUCCAGCCAGAUUUAGAGUCAAGCCCUCAGCCACCUCUUAGCAGGGCAGAAGCCGUUAAGCAGGUUAAACACUUCAGAGCUUUGCAAGAGCAAGCAAGGACCUACCUAGAUCUUCUUUGCUCCAUGUGUGACUUGUCGAAUGCGUCAGUGAAAACCACAGCAAAAGACAUUCAACGAACAGAGCAUAUGGCUUUAGCGUCAGUAGUUAACUCUUUCCAUGAGAAAAUUGUGGCCCUAGAAGAAAAAGCUUCACAAUUGGAGAAAACUGGGAAUGACGCAAGCAAAGCAACCUUAAGCAGGUCGAUGACCACUGUCUGGCAGCGCUGGACGCGUCUCCGUGCUGUAGCCCAGGACCAGCAGAAGAUAUUGGAAGAUGCAGUGGAUGAGUGGAAGGGCUUUAACAAUAAGGUAAUUUCCAUUAUUCAUGGGCUCAAAUCUGAUGCAGAGAGUACAGCUGUCCACCUGGAAGCUUUGAAAAAGUUAGCACUGGCAUUGCAGGAGAGGAAGUAUGCUAUUGAGGAUCUGAAAGAGAAAAAGCUGAAAAUGAUAGAGCAUCUGAAUUUAGAUGACAAGGAGUUAAUCAGAGAACAGACAAGUCACUUUGAGCAACGCUGGUUUCAGCUUGAGGACCUUGUUAAAAGGAAAAUCCAAGUGUCGGUCACCAACUUGGAGGAGUUAAAUGUGGUGCAGUCCAGAUUUCAGGAGCUGAUGCAGUGGGCGGAAGAGCAACAACCCAACAUCGCGGAGGCCCUUAAGCAGAGCCCCCCUCCUGAUAUGGCUCAGAACCUUCUCAUGGAUCACCUGGCCAUUUGCAGUGAACUAGAGGCCAAACAGAUGCUCCUGAAAUCGCUCAUGAAGGACGCUGACAGGGUGAUGGCUGAUCUCGGCCUAAAUGAGCGCCAGGUCAUCCAGAAGGCGCUCUCCGAUGCACAGAGGCACGUGAACUGUCUCAGUGACUUAGUGGGCCAGCGAAGGAAGUACUUAAACAAGGCCUUGUCUGAGAAAACCCAGUUUCUCAUGGCAGUGUUCCAGGCGACCAGCCAAAUUCAGCAACACGAGCGAAAGAUAAUGUUCCGUGAACAUAUCUGCCUGUUACCAGACGAUGUGAGCAAACAAGUUAAAACGUGUAAGAGUGCACAAGCCAGCCUCAAGACCUACCAGAAUGAGGUCACUGGACUUUGGGCCCAGGGUCGUGAAUUAAUGAAGGGAAUCACGGAGCAGGAGAAGAGCGAAGUGCUCGGUAAGCUUCAGGAAUUGCAGAGUGUCUAUGACACCGUUUUACAAAAGUGUGGUCAUCGGUUACAAGAACUAGAGAAAAAUUUAGUUUCUAGGAAGCAUUUUAAGGAAGAUUUUGAUAAAGCUUGUCAUUGGCUAAAACAAGCAGAUAUUGUUACAUUUCCUGAAAUCAACCUGAUGAAUGAGAGUACUGACCUUCAUACACAACUGGCCAAAUACCAACACAUUCUUGAACAAUCUCCAGAAUAUGAAAAUCUUCUACUUACCCUACAAAGAACUGGACAAGCCAUAUUACCUUCGCUGAAUGAAGUCGAUCAUUCCUACCUCAGUGAAAAGCUAAAUGCUUUGCCCCAGCAAUUUAAUGUCAUUGUUGCCUUGGCUAAAGAUAAGUUCUAUAAAGUCCAAGAAGCAAUUCUUGCUCGGAAAGAAUAUGCUUCCUUGAUUGAGUUGACAGCCCAGUCUCUGAGUGAACUCGAAGACCAGUUCUCGAGGAUGAGCAAAGUCCCCACCAAUCUAAUUGUGGAAGAGGCUCUGUCUCUUCUGGAUGGUUGCAGAGCUCUGCUGGGUGAGGUGGUGAGCCUCGGGGAAGCAGUGGACGAACUGAACCAGAAAAAAGAAAGUUUUCGCAGCACAGGUCAGCCUUGGCAACCAGACAAGAUGCUGCACCUCGUCACCUUGUAUCACAGGCUGAAGCGACAAACAGAACAAAGGGUUAGCUUAUUAGAAGACACCAUGAGUGCUUACCAAGAGCACGAAAAGAUGUGCCAGCAGCUAGAGAGACAGCUAGAGUCUGUAAAAGCAGAGCAGUGCAAAGUGAAUGAGGAAACGCGGCCUGCAGAGGAGAAGCUCAAAAUGUAUCACUCUCUGGCAGGAAGUCUCCAGGACUCGGGAAUUCUACUAAAGCGAGUGACGGUGCAUCUCGAAGAUGUUGCUCCACACCUUGACCCCUCAGCAUAUGACAAAGCCAAGCAUCAGAUCCAGUCCUGGCAAGAGGAGCUGAAACUGCUGACUUCUGCCAUUGGCGGGACGGUGGCAGAGUGUGAGAGCAGAAUGGUGCAGAGCAGAGACUUCCAGACUGAGAUGCGCCGCUCCCUGGACUGGCUGAGGAGAGUGAAGGCGGAACUCAGUGGGCCGGUCUGCCUGGACCUCAACCUACAGGACAUCCAGGAGGAAAUCAGAAAGAUCCAGAUUCAUCAGGAAGAGGUCCAGUCCAGCUUGAGGAUCAUGAGCGCCCUGAGUAAUAAGGAAAAGGAGAAAUUCACGAAAGCCAAGGAGCUGAUCUCUGCUGAUUUAGAACACACCCUCGCUGAACUCUCAGAGCUCGAUGAAGACAUUCAGGAAGCAAUUACUAUUUUUCAGGCCACCUUGAUUGAAAUAUACAGUCAGUGUCAAAGGUAUUAUCAAGUAUUUCAAGCAGCUAAUGACUGGCUUGAGGAUGCCCAAGAAAUGUUACAGCUGGCAGGCAAUGGCUUAGAUGUGGAAAGCACAGAGGAAAAUCUCAAAAACCAUAUGGAAUUUUUCAACACAGAGGAUCAGUUCCAUAGUAACCUGCAGGAGCUCCAAGGCCUGGUAGCCAGCCUGGACCCAGUCAUCAAGCCAGCCGGCAAAGAAGACCUGGCACAGAAGAUGGUGUCCCUGGGAGACAGGAGCCAGAGAAUCAUCCAGGACUCACGCACCCAGUUAGAUCUCUUGCAGAGAUGUACAGCUCAAUGGCAAGAUUACCAGAAAGCAAGAGAAGAGAUUAUUGAGUUGAUGAAUGAUGCAGAAAAGAGAUUGUCUGAGUUUUCUUUGUUGAAGACUUCUUCUAGUCAUGAAGCAGAAGAAAAAUUGUCACAACACAAGGAGAAAUUCACGAAAGCCAAGGAGCUGAUCUCUGCUGAUUUAGAACACACCCUCGCUGAACUCUCAGAGCUCGAUGAAGACAUUCAGGAAGCUCUGGGCACCAGACAGGUUCGUGUGAUUCUCCUAACAGAAGCCACAAGUCACCGACAGAACAUUGAGAAAAUGGCUGAAGAACAGAAGAAUAAGUACUUGGGCCUUUAUACGAUACUGCCUUCUGAACUCUCCCUUCAGUUAGCUGAAGUGGCAUUGGACCUAAAGAUCCGUGAUCAGAUCCAAGACAAAAUAAAAGAAGUUGAGCAAAGCAAGGCCAUGAGCCAGGAAUUCAGCCAGCAAAUUCAGAAGAUAGCCAAAGAUAUCACAACUAUUCUAACCAAGCUGAAAACAAAGACAGAUAAUUUAGCUCAAGCUAAAACUGACCAAAAGGUGCUGGGAGAGGAACUGGAUGGCUGUAAUUCAAAGUUAAUGGAAUUACAUUCAGCGGUACAAAAAUUCUCAGAACAGAAUGGCCAGCUGGGUAAGCCACUGGCCAAGAAGAUAGGAAAACUGACUGAACUUCACCAGCAGACCAUUAGACAGGCGGAGAAUCGGCUCUGCAAGCUCAGUCAGGCAGCAUCACAUUUAGAAGAAUACAAUGAAAUGCUUGAAUUAAUUUUGAAGUGGAUUGAGAAAGCUAAAGUCUUGGUACAUGGAAAUAUUGCGUGGAAUUCUGCAAGCCAGCUUCGGGAACAAUACAUUUUGCAUCAGACCCUGCUGGAAGAAUCUGAAGAAAUUCACAGUGAUCUGGAAGCAAUGACUGAGAGAUUACAGUGCCUCACUAGCGUGUACUGUACAGAAAAAAUGUCCCAGCAAGUGGCAGAACUGGGACGAGAGACUGAGGAGUUGAGACAGAUGAUCAAAAUUCGUUUGCAGAACCUCCACGAUGCAGCUAAGGAUAUGAAAAAAUUUGAAGCAGAGCUAAGAAACUUACAAGCUGCUUUGGAGCAAGCCCAGACAACCCUGACUUCUCCAGAAGUUGGACGUCUUAGUCUCAAGGAGCAACUCUGUCAUCGACAGCAUUUGUUGUCCGAGAUGGAGUCACUAAAGCCAAAGGUGCAAGCUGUGCAGCUCUGCCAGAGCGCCCUCCGGAUCCCCGAGGACGUGGUCGCCAGCUUACCGCUGUGCCAUGCCGCUCUGCACCUGCAGGAGGAGGCCAGCCGGCUGCAGCACACGGCCAUCCAGCAGUGCAACAUCAUGCAGGAGGCUGUGGUGCAGUAUGAACAAUAUGAGCAAGAAAUGAAACAUCUCCAGCAACUGAUAGAAGGAGCUCACAGGGAAAUUGAGGAUAAACCCGUGGCCACCAGUAACAUCCAGGAGCUGCAAGCCCAGAUUUCUCGGCAUGAGGAGCUGGCUCAGAAGAUCAAGGGCUACCAGGAGCAGAUCGCCUCUUUGAAUUCCAAGUGCAAGAUGCUGACGAUGAAAGCCAAGCACGCCACCAUGCUUCUGACGGUGACCGAGGUCGACGGGCUGGCGGGAGGCACGGAGGACCUGGAUGGGGAGCUCCUCCCCGCGCCCUCGGCCCACCCCUCUGUGGUCAUGAUGACUGCAGGUCGCUGUCACACUUUGCUGUCACCUGUCACUGAGGAGUCUGGGGAGGAGGGAACCAACAGUGAGAUUUCUUCUCCGCCAGCCUGUCGCUCUCCUUCACCUGUGGCUAAUACAGAUGCUUCUGUUAACCAGGACAUUGCGUAUUUCCAAGCCUUGUCUGCUGAGAAGUUGCAGACGGACGCUGCGAGGAUUUCCCCCGGCACAUCGACAUCCCAGGAGUUCUAUGAACCGGGACUGGAGCCAUCUGCUACUGCUAAACUGGGUGAUUUGCAGCGUUCUUGGGAAACCUUAAAGAACGUGUCUUUCCUCCAGGCACUGAUGGAUGAGAUUCUCAUGCUCCAAGAUGAAAUCAAUGAGCUCCAGUCCUCUCUCGCAGAGGAGCUGUUGUCCGAGUCUCGUGAGUCAGACCCCGCGGAGCAGCUGGCCUUGCAGUCCACGCUCACCGUCUUAGCCGAGCGAAUGUCUACCAUCAGGAUGAAAGCCUCGGGGAAACGGCAGCUUUUGGAGGUAACAAGUAAUUCUGAAGUUCAGGAGUCAAGGCAGGAACAGGCCCUGCAGAGGUAUCGCUGCGAAGCCGACGAGCUGGACCACUGGCUCCUGAGUACCAAGGCCACCCUGGACAGUGCACUGGGUGCACCCCAGGAACCCAUGGACAUGGAGGCCCAGCUCGUGGACUGCCAGAACAUGCUGGUGGAAAUAGAGCAGAAGGUGGUGGCCCUGUCAGAGCUCUCGGUGCACAACGAGAACCUGCUGCUGGAGGGCAAGGCGCACACCAAGGAAGAGGCUGAGCAGCUGGCGGGAAAGCUGAGGCAGCUCAAGGGGAGCCUGCUGGAGCUGCAGAGAGCCCUGCACGACAAGCAGCUCCACAUGCAGGGAACAGCACAGGAGAAAGAGGAGAGUGAUGUCGACCUAACGGCCACGCAGAGCCCCGGCGUGCAGGAAUGGCUGGCCCAAGCUCGCUCCACACGGACCCACCAGCGGCAGAGCAGUCUCCAGCAACAAAAAGAGUUAGAGCAGGAAUUGGCCGAGCAGAAGAGCCUCCUCCGCUCAGUCGCCAGUAGAGGAGAGGAGAUUCUAACCCAGCAUUCAGCUGCAGAGACCUCUGGUGGCGCUGGUGAAAAACCUGAUGUGUUAUCCCAGGAGUUGGGAAUGGAAGGGGAGAAAUUAUCCAUGGAAGACCAGAUGAGGAUGAAAUGGGAAAGCCUUCAUCAGGAAUUUAGCACUAAGCAGAAACUACUACAGAAUGUUCUGGAACAGGAACAAGAACAAGUGCUUUACAGCAGGCCAAAUCGACUCUUGUCUGGUGUGCCACUGUACAAAGGGGACGGGCAGACUCAAGAUAAAUCUGCAGUUACAUCUUUGCUGGAUGGACUGAACCAGGCCUUUGAGGAGGUUUCAUCCCAGGGUGGAGGGACAAAGAGGCAAAGUAUACACUUGGAACAGAAGUUAUAUGAUGGAGUCUCAGCUACCUCUACUUGGUUGGACGAUGUUGAAGAACGUUUAUUUGUUGCCACAGCACUUUUACCAGAAGAAGCAGAAACUUGUCUCUACAACCAAGAGACUCUUGCCAAAGACAUUAAGGAAAUGUCUGAAGAAAUGGAUAAGAACAAGAACUUGUUUGCUCAAGCCUUUCCAGAGAAUGGGGAUAAUCGAAAUGUUAUUGAAGACACUUUGGGUUGUCUUUUGGGCAGGUUGUCUUUGCUAGACUCAGUAGUGAACCAGCGUUGUUGUCAGAUGAAGGAAAGACUUCAGCAAAUACUAAGUUUUCAGGCAAUACAACAGGCUGAAGAUGGAUUAAAGGAAUUGGAUGCAGGGAUCAUUGAAUUGAAAAGGCGUGGUGACAAGUUACAGAUCGAGCAGCCUUCCCUGCAAGAACUCUCCAAACUGCAGGACAUGUACGAUGAGCUGAUGAUGAUCAUUGGCUCCCGGCGCAGUGGCCUGAACCAGAACCUCACACUCAGGAGUCAGUAUGAAAGGGCCUUGCAGGAUCUGGCUGACCUGCUGGAAACUGGUCAGGAGAAGAUGGCGGGAGACCAGAAAAUCAUCGUGUCUUCCAAAGAGGAAAUCCAACAACUGCUUGACAAACAUAAGGAAUACUUUCAGGGCCUGGAGUCUCACAUGAUCUUGACUGAAACACUCUUCAGGAAGAUCAUCAGCUUUGCAGUCCCAAAGGAAACCCACUUCCAUACGGAACUGAUGGCUCAGGCUUCCACGGUACUGAAACAGGCUCACAAGAGGGGCGUGGAGCUGGAGUACAUUCUAGAGAGAAAGCCUGUGGGCUCCCACACUGGAGUCGGGCAGACUUGGACUCGAGUUCCAGCUUCACCACAAGAAUAUGACCUGGUACCCAUGACAGGUGCUCAUAGAGACCACUUAAAAUCUAGCCUCAGUGAAUACCAGCCCAAAUUAUAUCAGGUAUUAGAUGAUGGCAAACGACUUCUGAUAUCCAUUAGCUGCUCAGAUCUGGAAAGCCAGCUGAAUCAGCUUGGAGAACACUGGCUGAAUAAUACCAACAAAGUGUCUAAGGAACUUCACAGAUUGGAGACAAUAUUGAAACACUGGACCAGAUAUCAAAGUGAAUCUGCAGAUCUAAUUCACUGGUUACAAUCUGCAAAAGAAAAGCUAGAAUUUUGGACUCAGCAAUCUGUGACAGUCCCACAAGAGCUGGAAACGGUCCGUGAUCAUCUAAAUGCUUUCCUGGAGUUUUCCAAAGAAGUAGAUGCCAAAUCUUCCCUCAAAUCAUCUGUUCUGAGCACUGGAAAUCAGCUUCUUCGAUUAAAGAAGGUGGACACAGCCGCACUGCGCUCCGAGCUGUCGCACAUCGAUGGCCAGUGGACUGACCUGCUGACCAAUAUUCCAGCCGUGCAGGAGAAGCUCCACCAGCUCCAAAUGGAUAAGCUGCCUUCCCGCCAUGCCAUUUCUGAGGUCAUGAGUUGGAUUUCUCUAAUGGAAAAUGUUAUUCAAAAUGAUGAAGAUAAUAUAAAGAAUUCCAUAGGUUACAAAGCAAUUCAUGAAUACCUUCAGAAAUAUAAGGGUUUUAAGAUAGACAUUAACUGUAAACAGUUGACAGUCGAUUUUGUGAACCAGUCUGUGCUACAGAUCAGCAGUCAGGAUGUGGAAAGUAAACGUAGUGACAAGACGGAUUUUGCUGAGCAACUUGGAGCAAUGAACAAAAGUUGGCAAAUCUUGCAAGGUCUAGUAACUGAGAAGAUCCAGCUGUUGGAAGGCUUACUGGAAUCUUGGUCAGAAUAUGAAAACAAUGUACAAUAUCUGAAAACUUGGUUUGAAACUCAGGAAAAGAAACUAAAACAACAGCAGCAAGUUGGAGAUCAGGCCUCUGUUCAGAAUGCGCUGAAAGACUGUCAGGAUCUGGAAGAUUUGAUUAAAGCAAAAGAAAAAGAAGUAGAGAAAAUUGAGCAGAAUGGACUUGCUUUGAUUCAGAACAAGAAAGAAGACGUCUCUGGCGUUGUCGUGAACACACUGCGGGAACUCAGCCAAACCUGGGCAAAUUUAGACCACACGGUAAUAUCGCUUAAGAAAUGACUAAGAAAGCUUAUAAAGCGUUGGAGCAAAGUCAUGCAUGGUUUAUGUAUUUUUGUGUAUGGAUUUAUGAAAACAUAUAUAAAUCACUUUUAAAUCUGCUUACUAGAAUUUACAUCCUGUCAUGUCCUCUGUGGGAUAUUUUUCUUUGGGCAGAGUCUUCAAGAUGAUCUAGAAAAACAGGAAAAGAGCUUACAGAAAUUUGGCUUUCUCACCGACCAGCUAUUAAAAGAGUGUCACCCACCUGUGACAGAAACUCUUACCAAUACACUGAAAGAAGUCAAUAUGAGAUGGAAUAACUUGUUGGAAGAGAUUGCUGAGCAGCUGCACUCCAGCAAGGCCCUCCUUCAGCUCUGGCAAAGAUACAAGGACUACUCCAAACAGUGUGCUUCGACAGUGCAGCAGCAGGAGGAUCGAACCAACGAGCUGCUGAAGGCAGCCACUAACAAAGACAUCCCUGAUGAUGAAGUUGCUACGUGGAUUCAAGAUUGCAAUGACCUCCUCAAAGGAUUGGGGACAGUUAAGGAUUCCCUUUUUGUUCUCCAUGAGCUGGGAGAACAACUCAAGCAGCAAGUGGAUGCUUCGGCUGCAUCGGCCAUUCAAUCUGAUCAACUCUCUUUGAGUCAACACUUAUGUGCCCUAGAGCAGGCUCUUUGCAAACAGCAGACUAUGUUACAGGCUGGAGUUCUUGAUUAUGAAACCUUUGCUAAGAGUUUAGAAGCUUUGGAGGCCUGGAUAGUGGAAGCUGAAGACCUCCUGCAAGGACAGGACCCCAGCCACUCGUCUGACCUCUCCACCAUCCAGGAAAGGAUGGAGGAACUGAAGGGACAGAUGUUAAAAUUCAGCAGCAUGGCUCCGGAUUUAGACCGUCUAAAUGAGCUUGGCUAUAGGUUACCUCUGAAUGAUAAGGAAAUCAAAAGGAUGCAGAAUCUGAACCGUCAUUGGUCCCUGAUCUCCUCUCAGACUACAGAAAGAUUCAGUAAGUUGCAGUCAUUUUUGCUGCAACAUCAGACUUUCCUGGAAAAAUGUGAAACAUGGAUGGAAUUCCUGGUUCAAACGGAACAAAAGUUAGCAGUAGAGAUUUCAGGCAAUUAUCAGCAUCUUUUGGAACAGCAGAGAGCACAUGAGUUGUUUCAAGCCGAGAUGUUCAGUCGCCAGCAGAUUUUGCACUCAAUCAUUAUUGAUGGGCAACGUCUUCUAGAACAAGGUCAAGUUGACGACAGGGAUGAGUUCAACCUGAAACUGACGCUCCUCAGUAAUCAGUGGCAGGGAGUGAUUCGCAGGGCCCAGCAGAGGCGGGGCAUCAUCGACAGCCAGAUUCGCCAGUGGCAACGCUACAGGGAGAUGGCAGAAAAGCUUCGUAAAUGGCUGGUUGAAGUGUCCUACCUCCCCGUGAGUGGUCUCGGAAGCGUCCCUAUACCACUGCAACAAGCAAGGACCCUCUUUGAUGAAGUGCAGUUCAAAGAAAAAGUGUUCCUGCGACAACAAGGCAGUUAUAUCCUAACUGUGGAGGCCGGCAAGCAGCUCCUGCUCUCCGCGGACAGUGGAGCCGAGGCCGCCUUGCAGGUCGAACUCACUGAAAUCCAAGAGAAAUGGAAAUCAGCCAGCAUAAGUCUGGAGGAACAGAAGAAAAAACUGGCCUUCUUGUUGAAAGACUGGGAAAAAUGUGAGAAAGGAAUAGCCGAUUCUCUGGAGAAACUACGAACUUUCAAAAAGAAGCUUUCUCAGCCUCUGCCAGAUCACCACGAAGAGCUCCACGCAGAACAAACACGUUGCAAGGAAUUAGAAAAUGCAGUUGGGAGCUGGACAGAAGACUUGACACAGCUGACACUGCUGAAGGACACCCUCUGUGCGUACAUCAGUGCCGAUGACAUCUCCAUCCUUAACGAACGCAUAGAACUUCUGCAGAGACAGUGGGAAGAACUAUGCCACCAGAAUACAGUUCAGUGGAAGACUGGUUCUGUUAUGGAUCUUGAUGAUCUAAUUUCCAGAUCCUUUGUAAAGUACGUACGAUGUGACAGCGACUGUGAGAGACCAUGGGGAUGCAAUGACAGAGGCCCCUUCGUUCGAGGGGUGAAGAAGCUGAAGGAGACCCUGGUGGCCGUGCAGCAGCUCGAUAAGAACAUGAGCAGCCUGAGGACUUGGCUCGCUCACAUCGAGUCAGAGCUCGCCAAGCCAAUAGUCUACGAUUCCUGUAACUCAGAAGAAAUACAGAGAAAGCUCAAUGAGCAGCAGGAGCUUCAGAGAGACAUAGAGAAGCACAGUACGGGCGUCGCCUCUGUUCUGAACCUGUGUGAAGUCCUGCUGCACGACUGUGACGCUUGUGCCACUGACGCUGAGUGUGACUCCAUCCAGCAGGCUACAAGAAACCUGGACCGGCGGUGGAGAAAUAUCUGUGCUAUGUCCAUGGAAAGGAGGCUCAAAAUCGAAGAGACAUGGCGAUUGUGGCAGAAAUUUCUGGAUGACUAUUCCCGUUUUGAAGAUUGGCUGAAGAUUUCAGAAAGGACAGCUGCUCUCCCCAGGUCUUCUGGGGUGAUCUAUAUAGUUGCCAAGGAAGAACUAAAGACAUUUGAGGCUUUCCAGCGACAGGUCCACGAGUGCCUGACCCAGCUGGAACUGAUCAACAAGCAGUACCGCCGUCUGGCCAGAGAGAAUCGCACCGACUCCGCGUGCAGCCUGAAACAGAUGGUUCACGACGGCAACCAGAGAUGGGACAACCUGCAAAAGCGUGUCACGUCCAUCUUGCGCAGACUCAAGCAUUUUAUUGGCCAGCGCGAGGAGUUUGAGACUGCGCGGGACAGCAUUCUGGUCUGGCUCACAGAGAUGGAUCUGCAGCUCACUAACAUUGAGCACUUUUCUGAGUGUGAUGUUCAAGCUAAAAUCAAGCAACUCAAGGCCUUCCAGCAGGAAAUUUCACUGAACCACAAUAAGAUUGAGCAGAUAAUCGCCCAGGGAGAACAGCUGAUAGAAAAGAGCGAGCCCUUGGACGCAGCGGUUAUCGAGGAAGAGCUAGAUGAGCUCCGACGAUACUGUCAGGAGGUCUUCGGGCGUGUGGAAAGAUACCACAAGAAAUUGAUCCGCCUGCCUCUCCCAGACGAUGAGCACGACCUCUCGGACAGGGAGCUGGAGCUGGAAGAUUCUGCGGCUCUCUCGGACCUGCACUGGCACGACCGCUCUGCAGACAGCAUGCUCUCCCCGCAGCCCUCCUCCAACCCCUCGCUCUCGCUCGCCCAGCCCCUGCGGAGCGAGCGGUCGGGGCGAGACACCCCCGCCAGUGUGGACUCUAUCCCCCUGGAGUGGGAUCAUGACUAUGACCUCAGUCGGGACCUGGAGUCUGCAGUGUCCAGAACCCUGCCCUCUGAGGACGAAGAGGGUCAGGAAGACAAAGAUUUCUACCUCAGGGGAGCCGUUGGCUUAUCAGGGGAUCACAGCGCCUUAGAGUCACACAUGCGACAACUGGGCAAAGCCCUGGAUGAUAGCCGAUUUCAGAUGCAGCAAACCGAAAAUAUCAUCCGGAGCAAAACUCCCACGGGGCCGGAGCUAGACACCAGCUACAAAGGCUACAUGAAACUCCUGGGCGAAUGCAGUGGCAGUAUAGACUCAGUGAAGAGAUUAGAACACAAACUGAAGGAGGAAGAAGAGAGCCUUCCUGGCUUUGUUAACCUGCAUAGUACUGAGACCCAAACAGCUGGUGUCAUUGACCGGUGGGAGCUUAUCCAGGCCCAGGCCCUGAGCAAGGAGUUGAGGAUGAAGCAGAACCUCCAGAAGUGGCAGCAGUUCAAUGCGGACCUGAACAACAUGUGGGCCUGGCUGGGGGACACGGAGGAGGAACUGGAACGGCUCCGGCGCCUGGAGCUCAGCACCGACAUCCAGACCAUCGAGCGCCAAAUCCAAAAGCUCAAGGAGCUCCAGAAAUCUGUAGACCACCGCAAAGCCAUCAUCCUCUCCAUCAAUCUCUGCAGCCCCGAGUUCACCCAGGCUGACAGCGAGGAGAGCCGGGACCUGCAGGACCGCUUGUCCCAGAUGAAUGGGCGCUGGGACCGGGUGUGCUGUCUGCUGGAGGAGUGGCGGGGCCUGCUGCAGGAUGCGCUGAUGCAGUGCCAGGAUUUCCAUGAAAUGAGCCAUGGUUUGCUUCUUAUGCUGGAGAACAUCGACAGAAGGAAAAACGAAAUUGUCCCUGUUGAUUGUAACCUCGAUGUGGAGAUACUCCAGGACCAUCACAGACAGCUUAUGCAAAUACGGCGUGAACUGUUGGAGUCCCAGCUCAAAGUGACCUCAUUGCAAGACAUGUCUUGCCAACUGCUGGUGAAUGCUGAAGGCACAGACUGUUUAGAAGCCAAAGAAAAAGUCCAUGUUAUUGGAAAUAGGCUCAAACUUCUGUUGAAGGAGGUCAGUCGUCACAUCAAAGAACUGGAGAAGUUAUUAGACAUGUCAAGCAGUCAGCAGGAUUUGUCUUCCUGGUCUUCUGCUGAUGAGUUAGACACCUCGGGAUCUGUGAGCCCUGCCUCGGGAAGAAGCACCCCAAACAGACAGAAAACGCCACGAGGCAAGUGUAGUCUCUCACAGCCUGGACCCUCUGUCAGCAGUCCACAUAGCAGGUCCACAAAAGGUGGCUCCGAUUCCUCCCUUUCUGAGCCUCGGCCUGCUCGGUCGGGCCGAGCCUUCCUGUUGAGAGUCCUCCGAGCAGCUCUUCCCCUUCAGCUUCUCUUGCUGCUCCUCAUUGGGCUGGCCUGCCUUGUACCGAUGUCGGAGGAGGACUACAGCUGCGCCCUCUCCAACAACUUUGCCCGGUCAUUCCACCCCAUGCUCAGAUACACAAACGGCCCUCCCCCGCUCUGAACCAAGCCGACGCCAUCUGCAGAUAUGCUGGGAGCAUUAGGCGGAUUGGGCCAAAAGCAGUCCCAAACUGUCAACAGGAGGACCUUGAUCUUGGCAGAAGCCCCCGGCGUGGCAGCUUCAGCUCUCCUCCACAUCCUGUGUGUGCAGAUCCUGGCUUCUGAGGUGGAGGACCAACAAUAACAGGAGGGCAGACAGACCACAGAAGGUUUGGAAGGAAUUUGGUUUGAAACUCUGAGCCUUGGCUCUGAAGAGGUUGAGUAAGGACCUCCGAAGUUCCCUGGACUCGUGAAUUCUGAGCCUUUGGUCCGUUCUAUGCAUAGCCAAGGACUUCAGUAGACUAUCUGGGCAGCUUUCCCAUGGUGCUGCUCCAUUUAUCCAAUAAAUGACCCUCCCAAGCGCCAUGUCAGUAUCGUACAAUCUACCCACCAACCAGUGCUGAAGAGAUUUUAGAACCCUGUAACAUAACAGUUUUUAAGAGCUUAUACGGCAGCCUCCUUUUUACCUUAUUUUCCUCUUGGGCAUGAUGUUCUAAUCUUUGCUUUAGAAGCACAACCUGUAAAUCUAAAAAGGCACUUUUUUAAAGAUAUAAAGAAAAACUAGAUGUAAUAAAUAAUAUCAUAGAAGGCUUUAUGUGAAAAAAAUUGAACGUUAUAGUAAAAAA